GGAAAUAGCUACGCAGCGAUAAACGUACAUAAUAUAACAGUUGUGCUUCGGCAAUGUGUUAAUAUUGUUGAACGUAUUCAUUUUUCGAUUGUAUUAUCUGCCAAUAUAUAUGUGAUACAAAUGGUUUGAUACGACAAACUUAGUAAUUAAAAGUAAAAGGAACCUUCGUGUUGUAUGUAGAUAUCAUUUAAAACAUGAGUGACACUAGAAGUGUGAUGAUGGAGGAUAACUCAGAGGCCCAGAUGGAGACGGACGUAACGUCGACUACCACUGACGUCACGGACAUGCAUGAAAUAUCUGGUUCUAGUGAUGUAGUAGAAACUAUUAUAGUCAUAGAGAAAAUGCAAGAAGAGCAUUCACCACACUCAUUGCAGCAGUCAACAGAUAUAGAAAACCUUGAGCCAAAUGACUGUGUUCAAUCAACUCAAUCCUGUGAAGGUACUUCUGAAAUACAGACUGACUUGCAAACACAAAUAACAGACCCUCAACAAAAAGACAAACAAAACGAGGAAACCCCAGCCCCCAGGGUAAUAUCACCCAUUAUUGUAGAUGACAGUCCAACAAAAUCACUAUCACCAAUAUCUUGUGUUGAGCAGAGUCUAGUUGAGUCAACAAUAUCACCAAUACUGUCUUCUGAGAGUAAAAGUCCAAUUAAGGUAAUAUCACCAUUACUACUGUCUUGUGCAGAUAAAAGUCCAAUUAAGACAAUUAUAUCACUAUCACCACUGUCUUGUGUACAAAGGAGUCCAAAUAAGUCAACAAAUUUAUCAUCACCUGAAAAUUCUCCUAUUAAAACUAUUUCCUCAUCAAUGCAAACACCAUUAGAGGUAAGGGCAGAUUCAUCCUGUGAUGCAAAAAACUCUCAUGGGAAAAUUAAUGAAAGUCAACAAAAAAUAAUUCAAGUAGAGAACAUUAACACUAUUUCUGAUCAUGAAUAUGCAGCUAAGGAAGAACCUGAAGUUGAGGUGCCGGUGAACAAACCUGUUGAAGAGGCUAAAAGUGAAAAAGAAGUUAUCAAAUUGAUUGAACCAGAAAUUGUUGAAUCUCCAAGUAAAGAGGGCAAUGUAGAGGACAAUAAGUCAAUUUCUAAAGAAGUAGAUAAUAAACUUGAUGAAUCUACAGUAUCCUCAAUAGCAUCAGAAAAAGAAACUUCAGUUGAUUCCCAAAAUGAAGGAAGUUCUGAUGUAGCCGAAAAAGAGCAUAAUAAAAGUAUUAGCAGAGAACUGAAGUCUCUUAUUAAAUCAGCCAAGGAGUCUAAAAUUAUAAGUGAAUGUACUCAACUAACUAGCAAGACUAGAAAAUCUAGAACUCCCUUAGAUUCAAGCCUGACUUCUCUGGUUGAUCCUGAUAAAGUACAAGGUAUCAGACGCAGUAGUACCAACUCGCAACUGAGUACAUGCAGUGAGAAAUCUGACAAGGCGAACCUAAAGAGAUCAAUGCGGUCGCAAAAUCCAGAAUUUGUUCAUAAGGUAAAGCAAUUUUUAAAUUCGGUGACAGGUAAAGGUGUUAAACAUGAAAAUGACAUUGUCAUAUCAGAUGAGGAGAGUGAAGACCGUAAAAAUGACAAUAAAACCUCUCCCAGUACAAAAACGAAAAAGACAACAGUCAGUCAAGAUCAACUUGACAGCAAACUUCGUUCAGAUUUAUUCUGCUGGCGUUGUCAUUGGCAAGUUGAGCAAGGUGUUAAUGAGAAGACACACCAUCCGAUGCAUUGUACUAUCUGCCCUCGGUCAUUUCAUUACAAAUGCCUGUCUGGAACAGAGCGAAACAAAAUAACUAAUGAUAAAAGUUGGGUUUGUCCUGAGUGCCUCUCUGUAUUGUCCGCAGAAAGUUCGGAUACUAGAUCACCAGCUAUGAAAAAGAUAUCAUUGGGCAUGCUGUGCGAUUUACUUAGAUUUGCAUUGGAACGCCUCAUGGAUUUUAAUGGGGCGGAACCAUUCAUGCAGCCAGUAGACCGUGCAUCGUUCCCUGAUUAUGACAAAUACGUCGUACAUCCGAUGGACUUGUCGCUGAUGAAGAAAAACAUCAACGACGGUCUGUACGGCAGCACUGAAGCAUUCCUCGCUGACACACAGUGGAUAUUUCAUAAUAGCAUCAUAUUUAAUACUUCAACGUCUAAGAUGACGGGGUAUGCGCGCGCGCUGGUGCGAAUGUGCCGCACGGAGAUGGCGGAGAUCGAGGCGUGUGCGGAGUGUUACGCGGCGGCGCACGCACGCAGGCCUACCUGGUUCACGGAUGUCUGCAGUACACCCCAUAUACUGCUCUGGGCUAAGCUCAAAGGGUUCCCCCACUGGCCGGCGAAGGCGAUGUCGGUGAACGGCAGCGGGCUGGUGGACGUGCGCUUCUUCGGCGCUCACGACCGCGCCUGGGUGCCCGCCAAGGACUGCUACCUCUACUCGGAGAAGGAUCCCAAUAACUUCAGAACUAAACGACAGGAUAUACUAGAUAGUAUGCAAGAAGCAGAGCUACAUAUACGGAAUAUAUCAAGAAAAUAUGGAAAAUUUGUGUAUCCACCAUUUAAAACACAAUUUGAUCCCACGAAACUAAGCGAACAAUUGAAAAUGAUGAUUCCUACAUUCGACGGCGAAGUGUCUGCAGCGACUAAGGAGAAGUCGGGAAGUUCACAAAGCUCUGCCAGGAACAAAAGUAGAUCAAACUCUAAAAGUUCUAAGAGUUCCUCUACUCAAGACGGCGAUGCCAGUGAAGGGGAAGAAGUGUCCGUUACGAAAACAAGAAAAAUGGCAGACGGCGCUGAAAUCGCUAAAGAAGAGGACUAUUCGAUCAACGACAAAAGUAUCGAUAUCGAUAUGAUCUCGCCGAAGAAAGAACCUAAAAAACGUCGACGUUCAGAUUUAGAGGAAGCUGUUGUUACCAUAUUAAAUGUAAACAACAGUCCUGUUGCAGAGAAACGCAAAAGAACCAAUGGUGAAGCAAAAGCCAUUAAAAAAGAAGAAAUUAAAGAAAAAAUAACAACUCCCACAAAUCCGGUUUCAACUCCGAAAACCAAACCCAAUGAACCAACUACUGUGAAUGAAGUUAUUGAAACCACAAACAAUGAAGAUAACGAACCAUCAAGCACCAGUGUUAAAGAAAAUAACACUGAACCAAUAUCACCCAAAAUUAUAAUAAAAGUAAAACUCCCUAAAACUAGUACUCCCAAAAAUAAAGAUGCCAGCAAAGAAAAAAAUAGUACAAAUGAAAUAACAACAAGACAAAAACAACCAAAACCCGACAAAAUAAGUGAUCUAGAGAAAGAAGACAAACCGAAAUCAGAAAAACGUAGGAAUUCUAAAAAUAAAGUUUUAAAUAAUAAUGGCGAUAAAAUUAUCAAAAUAAAACAAUAUGGUAACGAGAAAAAUAUUGAUAAAACUGUAGAUAAACCGGAUAUAGAUGUAAAAGAAAAUAAUUCCAACAACAAGGAUAAAGAAGUUGCAGUUAAUAAAAGUGUUAUUAAAAUUGCACCUAAAAUAAGCUCUGAAGGGCCAAAAGGUACAAAUGCACCAUUGGAAGAUGAUGUUAGCUUAGCAGUGAUUGCUCGGGAAUCUAAAACUAAUAUUAUAAACAAUAAUGUCACUGGACUACCAACUAUUAGUAGUGUUCGAAGUCUCGUAAUCCCAAAGAGUACCGAAAGCUCCCCUAAAAUAGUAAAUAUUCCCACAACUACAUCAAUAGAGAUAACCAUAGAAGAUACAUCAGAAUCUAGUAUUUUCACACCAACGAGUACAGAUAACGUACGUAAUAUGAAAGAAGCGGUGACUAAACUGCAAAAACUAAGAAACGACAACGAUCCUCCACCAGUUGGUAGAGUAGGAGUUCGUGCAUUCGCCCGAAUGUCCUCCUUAGAGAUUACACCAAAAGAAACCAACCCAAUACAAGUGGAAAUUAAAUCAGAACCUAUCGAUUUAGAUGACAUUGAACGACACAAUGAAAAGAUGGAUUUAAUGAACGCUUUCAAACUGCAACCCGUGAAUCCACCUGUAAAUGCCAAUUUACGUGAAGUGAGAAUAAACAAAGUGGUUGUCGCACCAGUUAAUACAAGGAAGAGCUCGUCUAAGCCACCAGAGAUCCGUGUCCGGGCUAAGAAGACCUUCCCUCAGCCUAAAAAAACUGAUGACGUGAGAUCAGAAUUAAAUGGCAAGAAUUCGAUGGUGUAUAUACCGAUUCAACCGCCGGUGACGCAGGCGCCCGUCAGAGGGGUCAGACCGAUUGCUUGUCUUAACGCACCCAGCGCCAGGCUGCCUACUCCUGUUGUUACUUCGGCAAACGGUGUUAACCCAUGUACAAUACUGCCGUUCAGUUUGCCAUCGUCGAUGCCCAAAGUGGGUCCGGCGACGACGAACACAUGCAACAUGCUGUCCACCGUGGCCAGCGCCGGCCUCAACCCCGCCCCCGUGCUGCCCACCGUGGGCCAGGUGGCCGCCAACGUGCACACCGUGCCGCUGCUCACCUCGCUCAACGGGCAGUGGACCUUCAGCCUGCAGCCGGUCAUGUCUGUAGGAGGAUUGGAUGAUUCUCCUUCGUCGGUAUUAAAUGGUAUAUCUGAGCGGUGUUCCACGGUGGCGACCAACUCGGGGGGCGUGGGGGGGCUGUCCUUCCCCUCGCCCCUCGCUCUCGCCUCCCCCAACGUAGCCACCACCCCGCCGGUGACGUCAGCCGCCUCCAGUACGCCCGGGGAGCUGCCGCGGCUGCAGCAGCGGCCGCUGGUGCACCCGCUGGACGCGGGCGCUGCGCUGGGCGCGCUGCCGCCGCCCUCCAAUGCUGGACCACUCACCGCCAAACUCAACCAGAACGCAGUCAAGACAGCGCGCCUGCAGCUGGAGCAGGUGAAGUGGCUGCACCAGCAGGAGAUCAACGAACUCAAGCACAACCACGAGUUGAUAAUGGCGGAGAUGCGGGCGACGUUCGAGAAGGAGAAGAGCCGAGUGGUGAGCGAGGUGCGGCGCGCCGCGCAGCUCGAGCUGGAGUCUGCCGUCAAACUCGCCAAAUCCAAGCAAUGGUGA